CACCCCGUCUUCUUCCUGGGUUGGAAGCCCCAGAUACCAUGUUCCAUAGCUGACCCAGAAUACAAAUUGGGUACAGUUGUUGGAUGUCAACCCGAACCCGUAUUCAUCAUGCUCACCGAUGAACACCAACCGAAACGGGCUGCUGAAACUGUCCAUUUCCUGCAACUUUCUCCCUGUUUCUGAUGAAAAGAAUUGCCCCCUUUCAAUGGAUGGUGUUGAAGGAGCAUCUUGCCACGAGACCACUUCUCUCAGAAAGCACAUAACUAAAGCACAUCUUUCUCUCCUGCGGGACAACCAAUUGUUCAUCUCCUCUUUGGGCUUAGGGUUAAGCCUCUUCUGCAUUCACAGAUGCAGCUAUUGGGAACCCUUAGCAGCAGCCAUUAAAGCCUCAUACGGAGGUCUCAAAGAGUGUUUUGUGGGGGUUGAGUCUGGCGCUUUAUUAAAGAGGGAGCUCGAAACAAUAGGAUUGAUCGUCAAGACGGGGUAUCUGACAUCGGAAUUAUCGCGAACGAGGAAGGUGGUACUUGACGAAGAGGGUGGAAAGUGUGCAUUUUUAUCUGCAAGGUGUACAAGUAAUAACCGUCUUUGUAGGGACUUUUUCUGUUUACACAUUACGAAAACAGAUUAUGAUGUCUCCUGUGGGAGAUUACUCGAUAGACAUCAGAUUUUUUUCUUGAAUUGUGGAGUUGUAAAAGAUGCAAAGGCUGUAGAAUCAUGUAUAAGCGACAUUCUUUGCCUAUCAAUUCCUGUCGAUCAGGAGAUCAGAACAAAUCAUUGUUAUAGAAAUAUGAAUAUGACAUAGCAAAAGUUUGGUUUUGGACGUUUUAC